AUGACGCUGGUCGUGAUCACCGGACCGUGCGCGGGACGAGAGUUCGAGCUGCGUCGCGACGGCGAGAGCGCGAUCGGGCGAACGAAGCGAGGGAACGCGGUGUGGAUCAAGGGCGACGGCGCGGUGUCGCAGUCGCACGCGACGUGCCGGUGGUGCGCGAAACGCGAGGCGUGGACGAUCUCGGACGCGGGGUCGUCGAAUGGGACGGAAGUGGACGGGAAGGACGUGGAGGAGGGAGGCGAGGGGGCGACGCUGAGGGAUGGGAGCGUGAUUAAAUUGGGGACGGAGACGACGGUGGUGUGCCGAACGCGAGCGGCGGACGAGAGGGGCGAGGCUGGAACGGUGGGUGAGGAGGAAGAUGAGGAAAACGGAAAUCGUGAAAACGCAGUCGUGGUGAACGAGGGAGGUCGAGGCGCGGUCGGCGACGGCGGAAAGGCGUCGGCGGCGAAGACGAAGAGCGGCAAGCGAGACGCGUACGCGUUCGAUUUGGACGAACCGAAAUCGGUGACGAAAGUCGCCGCGGCGCGGAAACGCGCCAAGGCGACGACCGUGACCGCGAAACAAGCGCACGAGUCGACGACUGCGGCGAGCGAAACCGCGGAGGUUGCGACGAAGGCUGAGUCCCGAGCCGCCGCCGAAGUCGGCUUCGACGUUCCCACCGUGCACGAGUACGCCACCGCGCAGCUCGAGCGCCUGCAAGCCGUCAUUCGCGCCGACGCGCGCGCCAGCGUCGAAGCCUUUCGCGCCGACGCGCGCGGAUUGCUCGCAGACCUUCUCCAGGACAUCAAAGCGUAG